CCCGCCCCCAGGCUGGCACGCGACGUGAAGGCAUCGGGGUUUCUGUGCGUGUUUAGAGGCUGGACCUGCUUGUAGCACGGAUGGAGGGCGCAGCUGUUCGGCUGCUGCGAGGCAGCAGGCUGCUAACAAGAAACAUCCCAACUUGCCUGUCUUCUUGGAAAAUUCCUCCUUGUGUCUUAAAAUCUUCCCAGUCAGAAGCUUCACUUAACAUAUCAAAUAAUGGACUGUCCACUGCCCCACUGCAGACGUUGACAGAAGAGGAAUUGAUGAUAAAGAACACCGUUAAAAAAUUUGCCCAGCAACAAGUUGCUCCCUUGGUUUCAACGAUGGAUGAAAAUUCAAAAAUGGAUAAAUCAGUAAUACAAGGACUGUUUCAACAAGGGUUGAUGGGUAUUGAAGUUGACCCAAAAUAUGGAGGAACAGGAGCCUCGUUUUUUUCCUGUGUCCUGGUGGUAGAGGAAUUAGCCAAAGUUGACGCAUCUGUGGCUCUCUUAUGUGACAUCCAGAACACGUUAAUUAACAGGCUGAUUAAAAAACAUGGGACAGAAGAGCAAAAGGCCACCUAUUUGACCCAGCUGACUUCAGAAAAAGUGGCAAGUUUCUGCCUUUCAGAGGCUGGAGCAGGUAGUGACCCAUUUACUUUGAAGACCAGAGCUGAUAAAAAGGGAGAUUACUAUGUCAUCAACGGGUCCAAGAUGUGGAUUAGCAGUGCUGAGCACGCAGGCCUUUUCCUGGUGAUGGCUAAUGCAGACCCUGCCAUGGGGUAUAAAGGAAUUACCUGCUUCUUAAUAGAUCGUGACACUGAAGGCUUUCAUAUAGGGAAACCGGAAAACAAAAUGGGGAUCAGAGCUGCUUCCACCUGCCCGUUAACCUUUGACAAUGUUAAGGUUGCAGAAACCAAUAUCCUGGGACAGGUUGGACAUGGCUAUAAGUACGCCAUAGGGAGCCUUAAUGAAGGUAGAAUAGGAAUUGCUGCACAGAUGCUGGGAUUGGCACAAGGAUGUUUUGACUACACUAUUCCAUACAUUAAAGAAAGGGUACAAUUUGGGAAAAGAGUAUUUGAUUUUCAGGGUCUCCAACACCAAGUGGCUCACACGGCCACUCAGCUGGAAGCUGCCAGAUUGCUGACAUACAACGCUGCUAGGCUUCUAGAAGCUGGAAGACCAAUUAUCAAAGAAGCAUCGAUGGCCAAAUACUAUGCAUCAGAGAUUGCAGGACAGACGACUAGUAAAUGUGUGGAGUGGAUGGGGGGAGUAGGCUACACCAAAGAUUAUCCCGUGGAAAAGUUCUUCCGAGAUGCAAAGAUUGGUACAAUAUAUGAAGGAACUUCAAAUAUCCAGCUCAACACCAUCGCCAAGAGAAUCGAUGCAGAAUACUGACAUCCAUGGGGAUGGGGCGCCUCCCUGGCAUCACCGGUGUAAAGGGUUAAAGGAUGUGCCUUGUUGAGAGAGUAAACCUCCUCAGCCCUGAGGGAUUUCAUUUAAACACUUGGUGAUGGUCCUCGGAGUAGCUGUUUUCUGUUUUACUUUUCAGUCUCUUAGGUCCAGGAAAUCAUUUUCUAAUUUGAGAAGAAAUGCAUCUAUAGUUUCUCUAAAGCCAUUUUUGAAGUUCAGGACAUAUUCAUAUUCAUCAGCCUAGCUUCAGAGUAGACAGCAGUUUCACCCAGUGGGCAUUGGGGAGAAUAAAGACAUUUGAAAUAUUAUAGGAAUGGCUAUUUUAUAUUCCUAUUAAAUCUCUGUAUUUUGUGGUAUCAAUCAGAAAAAUGUUUGUUAUGGGAGGUAAUUUUUAUUUAAUAUUUUAUAAGAUUCACUUCCAAGUUGCUAAACUGAAUAGACAGUGAUAAAAAUUCAUUUAGAAAAAUUAAAAAUUCAAGUUCUAAAUGUCUGAGAAUACUUGGGAGAAAGGGUACAACUGAAGAAAACACUUUAACGAAGGAAAACAAUGUGAUUUGUUACUAUAAUGAACUGUGUAGAAGAUGCAUUUCAUAAUAGUUUCAGCAAGUCACUUUAAAAACAAGUCUUUGCCAUUAGUUUUCAAGUAGGAAGUUUCAAUAAUUUGGUUAAAUAAUGAGAAAGUAUUCAGUAUUGUAAUAUGUAUUCUAUCUGUGCUGUUUUUCUACAAGAUAAUAUCUUUCUAUAUUUAAAUUGAAUACUGUUUCCUCAAAAUUAGUUAUUGAACUUUAUACUGAAUUGUAAUUCAGAGAUUAAGUUUUGGUUCAGUGAUUCUCAAGAGGGGGAUGUCUUGCCCCAUAUUGGAGUGCAUUAAAAUCUUGUAAGAAAUGGGGGACAGGAGAGGAUUGUAACGAGUUUAAAAAAGCAUAUUCAAUAUUAAGAUUAAAAGCGUAUUCAAUAUUAAAGGCAAAAAUAACUCUAUUUAGUCUUUUAAUACAAAGUAUAGAGGCAAAGCUAAACAGAGUAUGUUGCUAGUAACGCCAUUUUCUUCUGUAUCUGGGAUUCUCUGUGCGGAGAGCAGACCCCUCUGGGUACGUGUCAGAAGGCCCCUCCAAAGAGGAGUGUUCAGUGGAGGAGAGUGAGAAUUUCUUGUUUUCUGAAAAGGGUUCCUGGGUUAGAGAGGUGGAGAAGUGUUUCAAGGCUCAUGCAGUUGCUUAAAAUAAUCACAACAGUUAAAUGGGAAGAAAUUUAGUAGUUUAAUAAAAGGACAAUGUUUAUUAAGAA